AUGAACUACUGCGAGUACUACUCGAGCUACGCGACGCAUGCUUUCGAGCCGGCCGAUCACCACGAGGAACACUUGCACGAAACGCUGGGCGCGUACCUUGCCCAACGGCAUCCAGAGAAGCCAGCCGACCUCGUGCAGUUCCUCGCGACGCGGCUCGUGUCCCACGACCGUCCUUAUGGGCACGGCGGCGACUGGUUCCCUCUCAAUGAAGGGGACGGCGCGCGUCGAGUGGAUGACGGCCAUCGCACUGCGCGCCUGGCAACUGGUUUCGCAUAG